CAGUACUUCCUGCGUCGCCUGUUUCUGUGGAUGCCACGAAAGAUGUGGGGUGUCGAUUUUAUUUGCCCGAACUGCAAGGAAAAGUGUUCAUUGAGGCCUAAAGGCCUUUACAAUCGUGUGCGACUGGAACUUGACACACAAGAGUACUACUACCUUGCUACGAAGUACAUGGAUUGCAAUGCAUGUAAAGGCACCUUCAUUGCAUGGGACAGCAGAAUGUUAAACCAACUAUCAGAUGGCGUUUGUGCCCGUUUCCCACUGAUCCUGACAAGAAAAUACGCGAGUGACAAAAGUAUCGUGACACUCCUCCGAACACGUACGUUUGGGAACAGCCCCUCUGCUCUACAGAGUAACAUCCAAGAACUUCAUAGAACUUCAAACCUUCGACUGUUGGCUACUAUUCUUCGUUUUGAGUUCGAUCGCUUUCUGUUCGUUCCCGUUUCCCAACGAUUUUAA